GAUUAUUCCUUCUUUCCUCUUCAGGGGUGACCGUUAAGAAUCUUCAGGCCUUCCAAGUCCUACAGAAUGUUUUCCACAAAGCCAGCAACCCCGUCCUCUGCACCAAAGUCCUGGCAGCCAUCAGGACCAUGUGGGCCUGGAAUGCCCGCAACUUCUUCCUGCUAGAGUGGACCCUGCAGCCCAUCUCGCAGUUUGUGGAGAUCAUGCCCCUGAAGGCAGCCCCAGUGCAGAAGCACUUCUUCCAGCUGCUGGAGGCCCUGGUGUUCGAGCUGCAUUAUGUGCCCCACGAGAUCCUGCGGAAGGUGCAGUGCCUGAUCAAGGAGAGCCCUGAGUCGCCCUGCACCCUUGUGGCCCUGCAGAGUGUCCUCAGGAUAGUCGGCAGGGACCUCCUCUUCACUGACAUCUUCCGGGACUCCGGUCUCCUGGGCCUGCUGCUGGCCCAGCUGCGGAAGCGGGCCAAGAUCCUGAGGAAGUCAGCAGGAAACAAAGACUCCACGCUUGGUGUUCAGGAUACAGAGAGAGAAUUGACCUGCGUGAUGCUGAGAACCAUAGUCACACUUCUGAGAGGCUCAGUACGGAAUGCAGUUGUCCUGAAAGACCACGGCAUGGUGCCCUUCAUCAAGAUCUUCCUGGAUGAUGAGUGGUACCGGGAAGCCUCACUCAGCAUCUUGGAGCAGCUCUCAGUCAUCAACGCCGAAGAGUACAUGAGCAUCAUUGUGGGCGCUUUGUGCUCAUCCACUCAAGGGGAGCUGCAGCUGAAGCUGGAUCUUCUGCAGUCUCUACUCAGGAUCCUGGAGACCCCCAAAGGCCGUGCUGCUUUCAGAGUGUCCAGUGGCUUCAAUGGACUCCUGUCCCUGCUCUCUGACCUGGAGGGGUCUCUCCAGGAGCCCCCGCUGCAGACGUGGGGGAUGGUGUCCCCCAGCCAAACCCUGGACCUUGUCCUGCACACCCUCCGUGCCUUGUCCGCGGCGUUGCACCUGGACCCUGUCAAUGGUGACUUCUUCAAGAGGAACGGGCUUUUUGAGAAGCUGGCCGAGGACCUCUGUUUGCUGGGCUGUUUCGGAGCCCAGGAGGAAGAGGGAGCCCCUCUGCACUCCGGGGAGGACACAAAGGCCAGGCCAUUUGCUGAUUUGCUGAGUGUGGCCUUUACCUCUGCCAGCUCACUCCCACCCAAGAUACAGAGCUGCCUCCAGAUCCUCAGCUUUCUGGACAGCAUGGCCAGUGGCACCCUUCACCUACGCAGAGACCUGAAAGAGUCCCUGAGGGCUGGGCAGGACCCAGUUGUGAAUGCCCAGAAGGAAGAAGCUGGCAGGGACCCCCAAGGCAACUUCAAGCAGUGGCCAGACCUGGAGGAGAGGGUGGAUGAAGGGGAUGCUGUGAUCAUGCACCCCGGGGUCCUGUGCAUCAUGGUGAGACUGCUGCCUCGGUUGUACCAUGCAGACCACCCCCAGUACUCUGCCUUAG